CAUCCAAUAAAUUUCCUCCCGUCUUCAACGCUUCAAUCAUUGUGCAAAUUUCUCUCUUCAAAUCUCAGCAGAACCAUGGCGAUUCAAGUGGCGGCGCCAUCAUCAUCCCUUGGCUUCACCAGCAGCAAAACCAAGUAUAGAUAUGAUGUUUUCCUCAGUUUCAGGGGUGAAGAUACUCGACUCACCUUCACUGUUCGUCUCCACGAUGCUCUGUGCCGGAAGGGAAUCAACGCCUUCAUCGACGACAAGAAGCUCGCGAAAGGGGAAGAGAUCUCACCUACGCUUCUCAAAGCCAUAGAGAAAUCCAGGAUUUCCAUUAUUGUGUUCUCCACCAACUAUGCUACUUCAACGUGGUGCCUCGAGGAACUUGCCCGCAUCGUUUGGUGUAGGAAGCAGAAGAACCAGGUGGUGAUGCCCAUCUUCUACAAGGUGGAUCCCUUGGAUGUUCAGAAGCAAAGAAAUAGCUUUGGAGAAGCCAUGGCUGAUCAUAAAGCUGGUAGGUUCAAGAAUGAACAGGAGAAAGUGCAAAAAUGGAGGGCCGCUUUGCAUGAAGCUGCUAGUUUGUCACCAGCAUGGCUUUUCGAAGAUGGAUGUGAAUCUGGCUUUAUUGAAAGGAUUGUCGAACAUGCAUAUUCUAUGAUACCUCCUAAACGCUUCCAGAACAUUGAUCAUAUGGUUGGACUUGAAACUCGCAUAGAGGAAGUGAUGUCACUUAUGGAUAAAUCUGAUGACCGAGUUUGUAUGUUGGGCAUUUAUGGAACUGGUGGAAUAGGAAAAACAACACUUGCAAAAGCUUUGUAUAAAUUAAUCUUCUACCAAUUUGACGGUGCAUGUUUUUUGUUUGAUGUUCGAGAAGAAUCAAAUAAAUAUCAAAGUAUUAUUCGUCUUCAACAGACACUUCUAUCAGAGAUUCUUGGGGAACAGAAAAUGCAGCUUAAUAGUGUUGAUGAAGGAAUCUCAUACAUAAAACACAGACUCUCUAGCAAGAAGGUUUUGUUGGUUCUGGAUGAUGUUGAUGAGUUUAAACAGUUAGAACAACUUGCAGGGGGGCGUGAUUGGUUUGGUUGUGGAAGCAAGAUUAUUAUAACAACAAGAAAUAAGGAAUUGCUCAUUGCACGUAAUGUUGAGAAAACAUAUGAAGUGAAGGAGCUAAGUCGACUUUGCUCUCUUGAACUCUUCUGUUGGCAUGCCUUUCGUAUGAGCCAACCUCCAAAUGGCUAUGAAAAUAUGUCCAAUCAUGUUAUUAGAUAUGUACAUGGCCUUCCUCUAGCUUUAAAAUUAGUAGGCUCCAAUUUGGCACAUAAGGACUUUGAAGAAUGGAGAUCUACGUUGGAACAGUACAAGAGAAUCCCUGAAAGAACAAUCCAUGAGGUACUUAAGAUAAGCUAUGAUUGCUUACCAGAUGGUGCUAAGCGUGUUUUUCUAGAUAUUGCUUGUUUCUUUAAGAAGAAGGCAUUAGAAUUCAUUGAAGACAUACUAGAAGCUUGUGAUGAUGGGGCAAGGUUUUAUAUUGAAGUCCUUGUUGAUAAAUCUCUGAUCACUAUUGAUGAAAAUAGCAGUCGCUUGUACAUGCAUGAUCUCAUACAACAAAUGGGCAAGGAGAUUGUUAGGCAAGAAGGGCCAUCAAAUCUUGGUCAACGCAGUAGAUUAUGGUAUUACAGAGAUGUUCUUGAAGUGCUACAAGAAAAUUCAGGAAGCAGUAAUAUUGAAGGAAUAAUACUUGAUCCACCUCAUCAAGAAAAAGUGGAGUGGGGUGGUAUAGCAUUUGAGAAGAUGAAUAAUCUCAAGAUUCUCAUCAUUCGAAAUGCCCAAUUUUCAACAAGUUCUAAAUAUUUUCCAAAUACUUUAAGAUUACUUGACUGGAAAGGAUAUCCUUCUAUGACUUUACCGCCAAAUUUUUCUCCUUCGAAGCUAAUUUGCUUGAAGUUAAAUGGAAGUCAGUUCACAUUGGAAGAGCCAUUCAAGAAGUCUGAAUUCAUGACACAUGUGACAUAUUUGGAUUUCUCAAAGUGUCAAUUCAUUACCGAAGUACCAGAUAUGUCUCAGUUGCAAAAUUUAAAAACAAUGAUCGUUAAUAAAUGUCUGAAUCUGACCAAAGUUCACGAUUCAGUGGGAUCCCUCAGCAAGCUUGAAAGAUUAGAUGUUAGUGAAUGCCCUAUACUUACAAGCUUUCCACAUGAAAUCAACAUGGCAUCUCUUCAAGAGCUUAACCUCGAAUUUUGCAAGAGUCUUGACUACUUCCCACAUAUAGUGGGAAAGAUGGAACAUCUCUUUAUAGUUUCUGCAGUUAUGACCGCUAUUAAAGAGCUCCCACCUUCCAUUGGAAAUCUUCCACCGCUAUGUAGUUUAGAUUUAAGCUCCUGCACAAGUCUUAGGGAGCUUCCAAAUAGCCUAUUGACGUUGCCAAAUCUUGAGGAUCUUGGGUUGGAAGGCAUUCACUCUCUUGGUAGAGAAUCUUUGAAGACAAUGAUGCAACAGAGUCAAUCAAUUAUUUGCUGUGAAAAUAUAGAAACCUUGAAUCUCAGAAAUUUCGGUCUAUUGGAUGAAGAUCUUCACCUGACUUUGAAAUGUUUUCAGAAUGUGGAAGACCUGGAUCUAUCAGGGAAUGAUUUUGUGUCACUUCCUGAGUGCAUUAAAGAGUGUGCGUAUUUGGAGAGACUAUCUCUGACUAACUGCAAGAGGCUAAGAGACAUAGUGGAGCUGCCAUCAUCGCUGCAACACAUAGCUGCGGAGAACUGCAUGUCAUUAACUAUGGAAUCGAUAGGCCGUUUAUGGUCUCAGGCGAAAGAGGGCUUUGCCAUGGAAAUCGUUAUGCCGGCAACAACAUUUCCUGAUUGGUUAGACUAUUGUUGUAAAGGAGCAAAAUUGUCUUUUCGUGUUCGUGGAAAUAUGCCUCGUAUCGUCUUCGCAUACCAGACGGGGAAAGCAAACACAAAGUGGGUUUACAUGGUGGAAGUUUUUAUGAGCAUCAACGGUUGUAAUAAAAUGCCAUGGAUACAAACUGAUCGUGUUGCAAGGAAAAGGGGUCGUGUUUUGUAUAAAGUAGGUGAUCAAGGUCAUGUAUAUUUCUUUGAUCUGCUUAGUGACUUUAGUGAAGAGUUAGAGGAGCUUAAUAAGUUUCUGGGAUUGGAUUGGAAUGACGUGGACAUACAAGUUACAUGUGACCCACCUGAUCUCUCCAUAGUGAACUGUGGUAUUUAUGUGGAUAAGCGACAAACGAACAUGGAGAAUAUCCAGUUCAAGUCUCCUCUGCUCUCCAUGAAUGCUUCAACAACUUCAUUGAAACGAAAAGCUAUAGCUUCUCAUCCAAACGAGCCACCCAGGAAGCACCUGAGAAGGUUCAAAGAGAAGACCAAUUACACAAAUAAAACGACAAGGAAAUCUAAACGUCACCAGAUUUUUCAUUCGCAGUACAAGAGAAAGAUGUUUUUUCCAAUGGCUAAGCAUCUUUGGAGAGCUUUGUACUCUUAGGUAUCAAAUAUUACCUUUAGUUAAUAAAAAGGAUAUAUGCAUGAUUGUUAAUUCCAAUGUGACGAUUAAUUCCCUUUUUUAACGUAUUAUCAGAAUAAAUUGGAUAUAUAUAUAUAUAUAUAUAUUUACGAUGUAAAUAUUAUGUA